AUACGCUGGGCAAAGUUUCCUUCUGUCCUUUGGCAUUUAAGAAGAACUUCUCCUCUUCAUGUUGAUGGAGAUGUGGCAUUUUUGUAGCAGUUAUAAAUGCAACAAAGGAAAUCUAAAAGUAGGACUGUGGAACCUCUGGAGUAUUACAGGAGAUUUUUGAAAGAGAACUGCCGUCCUGAUGGAAGAGAACUUGGUGAAUUCAGAACCACAACUGUCAACAUAGGUUCAAUUAGUACUGCAGAUGGUUCCGCUUUAGUGAAGCUGGGAAAUACUACAGUAAUUUGUGGAAUUAAAGCGGAAUUUGCAGCACCACCAACAGAUGCCCCCGAUAAAGGAUAUGUUGUUCCUAAUGUGGAUCUACCACCUCUGUGUUCAUCGAGAUUUCGAUCUGGACCUCCUGGAGAAGAGGCCCAGGUGGCUAGCCAGUUCAUUGCAGAUGUCAUUGAAAAUUCACAGAUAAUUCAGAAAGAGGACUUAUGCAUUUCUCCAGGAAAGCUUUCUUGGGUUCUGUACUGUGAUAUCAUUUGCCUUGACUAUGAUGGGAACAUCUUGGAUGCCUGUACAUUUGCUUUGUUAGCAGCUUUAAAAAAUGCACAGCUGCCCGAAGUUACUAUAAAUGAAGAAACUGGUUUAGCAGAAGUUAAUUUAAAGAAGAAAAGUUACUUGAAUAUUAGAACUCAUCCAGUUGCAACUUCCUUUGCUGUAUUUGAUGACACUCUGCUCAUAGUUGAUCCUACUGGAGAGGAGGAACAUCUGGCAACUGGAACCUUAACAGUAGUAAUGGAUGAGGAAGGCAAGCUAUGUUGUCUUCACAAACCAGGUGGAAGUGGCCUGACUGGAGCUAAACUUCAGGAUUGUAUGAGCCGAGCAGUUACCAGACACAAAGAAGUAAAAAAACUGAUGGAUGAAGUAAUUAAGAGUAUGAAACCCAAAUAAACAACCACCACAUUUUCAAAACGGAUUUGUAAAAACUGUAUUUCUUACACUGUGCACAAACCUUUUAUACUAAAUAAAUAUCAAACUACAUUCUUCAGAAA